CAACAAAACAAGAAGCUGCCUCGGGUGUUGCCACCCUGACCCAGAUGAACAAUAAUCCCAAAUCAACAUUAAGAUGCAAGUGAUCUGCGCAGCAAAGCCAGUUAUCGCUACACAACUUCCGCUGUGAUUUCCCAUUUCCGUCUUUGGCGACGACGAACAAUAACAAAGGUCUCACUCUGACUGCGUGUGCGUGUGUGGUUGUUGUUGGACUGGACUGGAAAAAAAAUACAACGCAGAAGGGCAAACCACAAACAACUACGAGUCAGCGAUCAUCAGUCAGCCACCAUGUCGUGGUUCAAUCCGUGGGAUGGGCUGAAAACAAAGAUGUGCCGAUACCUGCUGCAGCGAUAUUUGGGUCAAUUCUUUGAGAAUAACCUGAAUUUGGAGCAGCUGAAGGUGGACCUGUACAAUGGCAGGGCGGUGGUGGAGAAUAUAUCGCUCAAGGUGAACGCCUUCAAUGAUCUGUUCGAGGAUCAGGGCUGGGCCUUUGAGGUGGUAUCCGGACACAUUGGCUGCCUGACGGUGGCCGUGCCCUGGAAUGCUCUCAUGACCAACGACAGCUCGCUGGAGAUCUCCAAUCUGACGAUAACGCUGCGUCCGGUGACACGCUUUCAGAGCGGCACCACCAUGCUGGAGUCCAUGUGGUCAUCGGUGAGCAGUUCCAUGCAAAUGGCCGAGGAGUGCAUGAAGCAGGUGGACGAUGAUGUGCCAUUUCUUAACCACAACAACGCGCUCAUUGGCCUGGAGAAGUUUGCAGAGACGAUCGACAAUGUGCUGAAUCGCAUCAAGGCCAAACUGACGAACACAACGCUGAACAUUGAGUACCUGCUGCCGCACUCGGACAGGAAGCUGGUGAUGUCCUUCCAGGCCAGCCAUGUGGAUUACAUGAACAAAACGGGCUACGAGAUGCCCCAUCAGAAUGGCGGGGACAUGAGUGGCAGCCAGACGGCUGCCGAGGACGACGAGGAGAGCAUCAUCUCCAACUUUAAUACGCUGCCAAUGAUCGCCAAGCACAAUCUGGUGAUUGAGGGAUUGACCAUACACACCUCCGAGGUGCUGGACAUUGACAGGCACAUCCAUUCGGUGAGCGGACCCAUGCAGUACGAGCAACUCUGCAAGAUUGUGGAGCUGAAAGGCUCGCAAAACAUUCAAAUCAACAUCAAGCAAACGGAGAACAUUGUGGGUCCGAAAGUGAAUCUGGAGAUCAUACUGGAUGACAUCUACUUUAUACUCAGUCCGCGGCAGAUCCACCUGCUCGUGGAGAUCUCCAAGGGCUUCAGCAACAACGAACGGCCCAAGGAUACGCUGCGCAAGACACGCGGCAAGAGCAUCAAGUCCACGACGCCGCCGAGCGAGUAUCAGCAGCACUGCGAGCCCACCAAAAUGACGGGCAUACUCGGCCAGAAUGCCGACUGGUCCACCGAGCCCACAGAGUACUCCAGCUAUGGCAGCCAUGAGCCUACAGGCGCCAGCAGGAGCGUGUACUCGCGGAAUGCGCAACGCAAAAUGUGCGAUUCAGCCUCCAGCAUGGUGACCUCCUGCAGCAAUGUCCCACAGGAGCUGGGCUACACGGAAAAGUCCGGCGAGAUACUCAAGUUUAAGAUACAAAUCUCGCAGGUCUUUGGCAUCGCGCUGCACAAUGAUAUUUUGAUCCAGAACACGGCCAGCAUUGACAGCUACACGCGCGUGUUCGACAGCGCCAGCUACCAGAGUUACUCGCAGACCGCGCAGCAGUUCUUCCAGCAGAACACGCAAACGUCGAACCAUCUGCCCAUGGAGAACCUCAACUACUUGCUGGUGAAAGCAGCGCCGAUAAUUGUGAGCGGUAGCCAGCAGCGCUACUUCCAGGAGCUCACCUCAAAGACCACACUCUCGGCCACGGCUGUGGACAUUUGCGAGGUGCUGGACAAUGCCAUCGAACACCUCAUACAGUUUGAUCGGCAGCGCAACUGCCCGGAUGGCUACCACAUACGCCCGGAGAUUGUGCUGAAUCAGAGCUCGUCGUUUCUGUUCAAGCAGAAUCACAAUCGUUGCACGAACAAGAUCGAGUGCAUCUUCGAUGAGUGCACCGCAGAGUUGGACAUUUCGAUCUACGAUCGUUUGGGCGCACUCUUCGGGCAGUCGCCGUUUGCACAGCGCACUGUGGGGGAGCCAGAGAACUACCCAGAAGAUGGCAGUCUGACGGAGGUGCAAGUGAAAUGCGAGAACUUGCGGCUGCACCUGCGUUUCCCAGUGGUCGAUGGACGUGCGGCCAACGAUCCGCACAAGCUGCCCUGGUGGAAGAAGAACGUGCGGCAGGAUUUCCUGUCCCUGGAGUUUCGCAGCCUGCUGAUUGCCUCGCGCACACACAUCAGCAUCAUGGCGGAGGAGCUGGACGCCUUCUACUGCGAUGCGGAGAAGCAGAGCGCCAUUGCGCUGCUCAAGUGUCAGCAGAAGAACAACAAGAAGAUCCAAAUCGAUGUGCUGCAGCCGCGGGAGAACAACAACGACAACCGCACGACGGACAACAACAAGAAGCCCAAGCGACGCUCCCCGUUCAGCUCCAAGUGCACCUUUGGCUACACCACCAAUGUGGAGGGACUCGAUGGUUGUGUGGACAAAACGGACUCGCUGCUGCCGGGCGAAACGGAGGAGAUCAAUGACUUUUGCCAGAGCUGCUCGCAGUCCUCGAAGCUCAAGGUGGCGGUUUAUGUGCCGCUCAUCAAGGUCGUGCUGGAGUCCAAGCAGAUGUACGAAUUGAUUUACAAUCGCCUCAAUGGGGAUCUGUUUAUGUGGGAGCCGCGUUCGCCGCACUACGACUACCAGGGGGAGGAGCAGCGGGAGCACAACGAAAGGGAGUCGGAGGAGGAGGAACAGGCGGAGCUGGAGGAAUAUGAGAAGCACAAAUACGACCGGAGUGUCCUGCUCAGCACCAGUGCCAUGGAGAGCAGCAUUUACUUUUCCAUGGCCGAGAAUACGCUGCCCAAAUCGCAUGCCAAACCCAAUCCCAGUGCCCAGGCCCAGCCGCCCAACGAUGAGGCCUUCUCCUUUGAGCUCUUUGUGGCUGAGGGCUCGCUGAUAUUAUUCUCACACUUUGUCGAGCCCGAGACGCAGCUGCGCGCACAGCAAUGCGGCAAGUUUCAGGUGAACAUCAAGGAGUUCAAGCUCUUCACAGUCAAUGGACUGAACAACGAUCAGAAUCGCAGCUACUUUUGCAUACAAUUGAGCCACGUGGAGGCGCUGCAUUGUGGCAACACGCAGCAGGACUUGCAGCUCGCUUGGAGCGACCAUCCCGAUGGCAGUCUGCAGCCUACAAUUUUCAACUUUGGACAGCAGCAGCAGCCACAGCCACAGCAGAGCAACCAGAAGCGCCAGGAGGUGCUAUCGUUGGUGGCGGAGAUCAAGAAGCAGCCGGACAAACGCAUCAAACGCAUGAAGAUGUCGUUUGGCAUCAAUGGCGCCACGCUGCAGCAUCAUCCCACCUGCUCGGAGCACAAUUGGCUGAAUCAGCUGCUGGACUUUAUGGACGUCGCCGACUUCCCCAUCGAGGCGUAUGUGCCGUUCGCCCUCGUGUCCGAGAUCCAGCUGCAUGUGUGGAAUGCGGCCAUUGACUAUCGGCCCAAGUACUUUCCCCAUCGCGCGCUCAUCGACAUUGGCUACUGCACGCUGAGCAGCAACAUCAUUUCCUCGAUGAGCGGCUGCACGUUGCGCGUGAUUGGCGAGGACUGCGUGCUCAGCUUGGGCUCCAGCGACACGCUCACACCCGUGCUCAAUGUGGGUCUGCUGAACAUCUCCUUCCGCCUGAACGAGGAUGACAAACAGCAGCCGCGAGUGGAUCUGCGCUCCUCCAUACACGACAUGCACCUGAAGACCUGCUACGACUCGGCGGCAGCGCUGGCCCAACUCAUUGGCUACGUGGCCAGCGACAAGGAUCUCAUUUCGCCCGAGGAGAGCGCCCACGAAGACGAGCACGAUCAGAGCAAAAUUGUGGAGCCCAAGGCCAGCGAGGAGGAUCAGCUAUGCGACGAUCAGACGCAGGAUCAUGUGAAUAAACUGAUGGCCGAUGCUGUCAUGGAUGUGGAAUGCACGCCCGGACCCAGGCACAACAAACUGGCAGGCAAGGAGGAGGGCAUUGAAAUCUUCUACUUUCCCGACGAGCCCAAAGACAAGGCGGAGCAGCAGCGGCAAAAGAAGAAGGAAGCCAGCUCCACGCCCGCGAAGAAGCAAAAGGAACCCGGCGACAUGCAGAGCAUAUCCCUAAUCGUGGAGAGCUCCCCCUCAGAGAUCUGCAACAUUGUGGACUUUGAAUCGAACGUCAUGCUGCAGUCGUACUACAAUCAGACGCUCGAGCAGCCGCUGCAGCAGGUGCAGCAGGAACUGGGCGAUGUGCUGCCGCCGCUGAUGGAGGAGCGCGACUUUGACAUCAUCCACGACGAUGAGAUCUCGCGCAUGGAUAAGUUUGGCGUGAAGCAGAUCUACGUGUCCGAGGAUCCCCUGCAGAUUGUGGACAAUCAUUUUUGUUUGCCGCACGAGAAGGUCGAUCUGUUGCGGCCGCCGGCGAACUUUCCCAUUGCCGAGAGCAGCUACACGCUGUGCGAGAUGACCUUCACGUGGCAUCUGUACGGCGGCAGGGAUUUCCCUGAACACACGACAAGCGACAGCAGCAAAAAGAAGUCCACUCCGACGGCAGGCUACGGCCACAUGUCGGACACGUACAAGUACGGCGUCUCCCAGCCGCAGGGCGAGCAAAAGGCCACGAAGAAGGGCGCAGCUGGGCUGCCCAAGGAGCCCAAGGGUUCGCGCAGGAAUCUGGAUGUGCUGGUGGAGAUUCAGCUGUCGAAGAUUCGCUUCUCCUACGAGGCAUAUCCGCUCAGCUCCAUCUACUCGUCGCGGCAGGUGCUGCUCGUGUCGGAGAUCGAGAUACGCGACCGUCUGCGCUCCUCGGACAUCAACAAGUUCCUGUAUCAUCCGAACAUCAGCAACAUAUCCCGCCGACCCGACGAGAACAUGGUCAUUGUGAAGGCGCUGAAUGUGCGCCCCAAUCCACAGAAGAGCACCGCCGAGGAGUGCUCGCUGCGCGUGUCCAUUCUGCCCAUUAAACUGAACAUUGACCAGGAUACGCUGCUCUUUCUGGAGGACUUCUUUUCGGCGCUGUUCAAGAACUCCUCCGGCAGUGGCAGUGCCCCAGCAAAUGCCAAAACGGAGGCCAAUGCCGCCUGCGAUAUGCCCGUAAUGUCAGUGAGCAAAAUGUCCGAUGCGCUGCAGGAUCUGGAGGCGAGGGAGAUUGUGGAGCGGAAUCUCGAUGUGCUCAUCGAUGAGGGCAAGGACACCACAGCCGAGCUGGAGGAUGAUCCCCUGGGUGGCGAGUCGGCGCCUGUCUACUUCCGUGAGGUGAUCUUCAGUCCCGCUUUGCCCAUUUGCUUCGACUACCAUGGCCGUAGGAUUGAGCUGUCGCGCGGCCCCAUCACCGGCCUCAUUAUGGGCCUGGCCCAGCUCCAGGGUUCGGGCAUUUGUCUGCGGGAGAUUGUCAACCGUCGCGGCAUUCUCGGCUGGAACAAGCUCUGCGAGUUCCUCUGCAAGGAGUGGCUGAAGGACAUCAAGCGCAAUCAGCUCCCGAAUAUUCUGAGCGGCAUUGGACCCACGAAUGCCGUGCUGCAGCUGUUCCAGGGCGUCUACGACCUCUUCAGGCUGCCCAUCGAGCAGUACAACAAGGACGGCCGCAUCAUACGCGGCUUCCAGCUGGGAGCACAGAGUUUCACGGCCCGCACAGCGCUCGCAGCGCUGGAGAUCACGUCGCGUAUCAUCCACCUGCUGCAGUUCACGGCGGAGACCACCUUCGAUAUGCUGUCGGCAGGGCCAUCACUCAAGAAGCGCCACACGAAGCGCGGCAAGAAGAAGCGUCAGGGCAGGCCCAAGGAUCUGCGCGAGGGUGUGGCCAAUGCCUACACCAUUGUCAAGGAGGGCAUCAACGAUUCGGCCAACACGCUGAUCGAGGCGGCCAUGACGGAGCACGACCAGAAGGGCUACAGCGGUGCCGUGGGCGCCGUAGUGCGGCAAAUCCCCCAACUGGUCGUCUGCCCAGCCGUGCUCGCCACGCAGGCCACAACGAACAUCCUGGGCGGGGCGAAGAGCUCCCUGGUGCCGGAGGCGAAGCUCGAGGCACGUGACAAGUGGAAGCACGAAAUCCACUAAAAGGAUUUCAAUGGUUCAAACAAAAUGUUAAACUUAAGAUGAAGAUUCUACUUUUUAAUUUCGGGACACAUACACACACAUAUAUCGCAUAAAUCAGAGUUAUAUAUUUUAUAUUUUUUAUUAUUUUACUACUAAAAACAAAUAUAUACAAAACGUGUAAAUAAAAUGGAACAUGCAACAUAUUUUGGAGGAGAUCUCUCGACGGGGACAAUGCUUUAAACGGACACGAGAUCUCUUCAUAAGGGACAAGAAAUCUUUAUAGAAGUUAGAAGGGAUUUUUACUUCUUUUUUUAAUGCAU